AAAAGUGCACAACUCCUUACAAACCUCACAUGCCCGCGAAUAAUAUUUCAAUUGAUUUACAAUUCAUUUUCUUAUUUGUACAAUAAGUUAGCCAUUUAAAAAACAUUUCUUUUCCGUACAUCGAUUUAUAAGAAAAAGUUAAAUAACGCACUUAUAGCAAAAUGUCGUGGUUGUUUGGUGUGAAAAAACAACCAGUUCCAAAUGAAGGAUUGGGAAAUCCAGAUAAUCAAACUGCUGGACAAGCUUCUGGCGAUGCUCAGCUGACAAAGGCUGAGAAGAAAGCUAUGGAAGCAUAUAGAUUUGAUUCUUCAGCCCUUGAAAGAGCAGCUGAGGCAGCAAAAACAUUAGAAAGAUCAAAAAAUGCCAAGGAAGCACUCGAACUGUCAAAGCUUCAGGAAGUUACCCGGCAACAAGAGUACAUGGUAAAGGUCAAGGAAUAUGAAGCACAUAUUGAAUCAUCAAAAGUUGAUCAAAAAAAAAUUGAUCAUGAAGAGAGACGUAAAACUUUAGCUGAAGAAACGAAACAACAAGCACAGCGUGCCCAGUAUCAAGACCAACUUGCUAGAAAACGUUAUGAAGAUCAAUUAGUUCAACAACAAAGAUCACAAGAUGAAAAUCUUCGUAAACAAGAAGAAUCAGUUCAGAAACAAGAAGCAAUGCGUAGAGCUACAAUAGAACAUGAAAUGGAAUUACGUGAAAAAAACAAAAUGAAAUUGCUCGAAGCAGAACUACGUGCAAAAGCUAAGGUUGAAAGAGAAAAUCGUGAUUUGACUCUCGAACAAAUUCGACUUAAAGCUCAAGAGAACCGAGUAACCGUACUUGAAAGCAUCAAAACGGCCGGAUCUGUUAUUGGUACUGGUGCUGAAGCGUUAUUGACAGAUUGGGGAAAAGUGUUGGCUGCAGCUGGAGGUCUCUCACUUGUAGCGCUUGGUGUCUACACAGCUAAGGGAGCAACAGGAGUUACCGCUAGAUAUAUUGAAGCAAGAAUUGGCAAACCCUCGCUUGUUAAUGAAACUUCAAGAUUCUCAAUUCUCGAAGCAUUUAAACAUCCUAUCAAAACAUUGAAAAGAUUCCAGUCAAAGCCUCUCGAUGCACUUCAAGGUGUUGUUCUUCGACCAAAGCUUGAAGAAAGACUUCGCGACAUUGCAAUUGCUACUAAAAAUACGAAACAAAAUCAAGGUCUUUAUAGAAAUAUUCUUAUGCAUGGAGCUCCAGGAACAGGCAAGACCAUGUUUGUUAAAAAGCUUGCUCAACAUUCCGGAAUGGACUAUGCAAUUAUGACCGGAGGUGAUGUUCUUCCAAUGGGACGUGAUGCUGUUACUGAAAUUCACAAAGUCUUUGAUUGGGCAUCAACUUCAAGACGUGGUCUUUUAUUGUUUAUCGACGAAGCUGAUGCCUUUCUAAGAAAGCGUUCAUCAGAAAGAAUUUCCGAAGAUUUGAGAGCAGCUUUAAAUGCAUUUUUAUAUCGAACUGGAGAACAAAAUCCAAGAUUCAUGUUAGUACUUGCUAGUAAUACGCCCGAGCAAUUUGAUUAUGCUAUUAACGAUCGUUUGGAUGAAAUGGUUGAGUUUACUCUCCCUGGAAUUGAAGAACGUGAACGUCUUGUUAGACUUUAUUUCGAUAAGUUCGUUCUGCAACCAGCUGCAGAAGGUAAAAAACGUUUCAAAGUCGAGCAAUGGGACUAUGGUACAGUGUGUAGUCAAAUGGCACAACUGUGUGAAGGAAUGUCGGGAAGAGAAAUAUCAAAGCUUGGCGUGGCAUGGCAAGCAGCUGUUUAUGCCUCUGAAAACGGAGUUUUGACUGAAAAAAUGGUGCUUGAUCGAUGUGAAUCUGCUGUUUAUCAACACAAACAAAAGAUGGCCUGGUUGUCAGAACAAGAAAAAUUAGAUCACAAAACUAUUACUGCCAGCGGUAAAUAUUAAUACUAAGACUUGCCUCUAACAUGGUAACAUUACAUCCCAACAACAACACAAAAAGUUAUUAUCUACUCGUAAAUGAGAUUGUCCUAAAAGUUUAAUUAAAAACAUGAAAAAGCUGUAAUUAUAUCAAUUUUUUUGUUAACUUUGCUUGCGGGACAAUUCAUCGAAUGAAAUUCCUCAAUGAUGAGAUGAAUUUGUUCUAUCAUUGACUUUCAUUAUGUCUUAUGAUAGAAAUCUCAUCAAUGAUUCAACUGUCACAAGCGUCUUCAUGUAAUAGAAAUUUAUAUUAAAUAUCUAGAAGAGCUCUGAUGGUCUAGACGAGACUUUUUUGUAUUUAACAACAAGAAAACUCUAAAAAGAUGUCUGAAAUUUAUUUUCCGACAUUAAAUUCAAAUAAAAGUAAAAUAUCUAAAAAAAAGUCUUUUUUGGUAUAAAAUUUUGUUAAAUUCUAAAACUGUUCAUUUUUACCAUACUUUGCACUUGUUUUGAGGAUUCAUUGGGGAAUUUGUGGGACAUUGAAAAUCUUUAGCAAAUUCUAUUGAAUUGCUGAUUGUACCAAGUACUCGAAAUCUUCCGAGAGCGUGAUUAUCAUUGAGAAUCAUCAUUUUCUUAAUUUCUGGUCGUUCAAUCGAACACCAGGUUUGAGCUGCUGAUAUCCAGAAAAGUUGUUCUGCUGUGAAAGGUAAUCCUGGAAGUGUUGGAUCUUUCUUGUUAAACUUUUUCUUUGAUGCCAUGUAAGCUCGAUAUGCCAACUUAAGACCGCCAUUGUCAGCGAUGUUUUCACCUUGCGUAUUCACUCCAUUGAGAUUCAUGUUAAUUGUUUUGUCGGUAUAAUUGCCAUACUGUUCUAUGAUACAUUUCUUCUUAUCUACGAAAGCUUUUUUAGUUUCUGGCUGCCACCAAUCGACAAGAUUCCCAUUAGCAUCAUAUAAUCUUCCCAAAUCGUCAAACCCAUGUGUCAUUUCAUGUCCAAUAACGUAACCAAUUGAAGCAUAAUUCAUGUAAUCAGGUCGAUCACUCGAAUAGAAAUGACCUUGCAACAUAGCUGCGAUUAUUUGAAUGCUGUUUGUUUUCCCAUUAUAGUUCGCAUUAACAUAAAUAGAUGACGAUUGAUCAAUCCAAUCUGUCUUGUUAACAAGUUUAUGGUAGCGAGAACAGACAAAAGCUUUACUAUGACGAUCUAAAUUAAUUGCUGAUUGAAGAUAAUCAGUGUGAUGAAUCGACAAAUCUUUAUAA